AUGUCCCAAUUGAAACAAUCGACUACUGAUUCAUGGAUUAACGUCGAAGCAUCGACUUCGAUGACAAACGAAGCUUUCAAUGAUAUUUCGAAUAUGCAUAUCAACGAAAAUUUGCUAUUAGAAGCACAAAAAGAAUCGCCACGAACAAGUUCGAAAAGUUCACAAAGUGAUAGCUCAUCGCCGAAGACACCGAAGAGUCCAAUACAAACAUCCGCUGAUUGGGUUUCCUUCUGGUCAUCACGUAUCGAAGCUGAACCACCAAAGGAAUGGAAAUUUCUUCAUCCAGUCCGUCGGCAUGAUGACGAAAAUGAAGAAGAAAAACAAUUAAUCGAGAAAAAACAUGUGCGUUAUGUUAUUUUAAGUAAUUGUGCUAGUUUUCUACUUGGCAUGGGAAUAAUGUACUUAUGUUUACGUCGUUAUCUUCGUAUGAAAACACCGUAUUUUUAUUCAAUGGAUUGA